AUGGUGGAGUUAAGAGAUUUUCUCUUCGACUUAGGUGUUGAGGACAUGCGCUUCCAAGGAAACUCGCGCACUUGGACCAAUAAGUGUCCUCAAAACCCUGUCACCAAAAAGCUAGACCGAGCAAUGGUGAAUACUAACUGGAUCAGAGCCUUCCCAAACAGCAUUGCUACCGUCCUCCCCCAUGAAUUCUCAGACCACUCCCCUUGUGUUAUAAACCUAGCCUACCCUCUCCCAGCCUCUGGUACUAAGCCAUUCAAAUUCUUCAACCACCUUACUAGCCACCCUAAAUUCCUAUCUUCGACUGAGGCAGCGUGGACUCUAGCCGGAAGCACCGCAUCAGAUCUCUCUUUGCUGGGUUGCAAAUUAAAAAAUAUCAAACGCCCUCUUAAAACACUUCAUAAAGAGAGCUUCUCUGAUAUUCAAAAAAGAGUGUGUGAGGCUAAUAGUUUGUUGAAAUUGGUGCAGGUACAAGCAAUAGCAAAUCCAACAACAGAUCUGUUCAAUGAGGAGAGAGAGCUCCAAGAAAAAUACUAUUUCCUUAGGGGAAUCGAGGAGUCUUUCUUUCAGAAAAAAUCAAGGGUUAAUUGGCUGAGACUUGGUGAUCAUAACACUCCCUUCUAUCAGAGCAUCGCGGCUGCUCGUGCUUCUCAAAACUCCAUCAGAUCAAUCUCCCUGCUUGAUGGCUCUGUUAUCACUGACCCUGAUCUUAUAAGCUCAACUGCCAUCUCUCAUUUCGAAGCUAUUUUGGCCCCUGAACUACUGCCCACUAUAACUGCUUCAUACAAUUGGCUACAAGCUCUCCACUCUCUUUCCUACUGA